UCCUGCCCUCGCUCUGCAGCCUCCCCUCCACGGGCGGCCAGCGCAGCUUUGCAAGGGGGGAGGAGGGCCGGAGCCCAGCCCAGGGGCGGGGCGGCGCGGGAGCCGCGCGCAGCUCUCCGGGACUUGUAGUUCUCUCUGGGUUCUUUGCGGCACGGUACGCCGAGCGCAAACUCCAUCUCCCAGGAGGCAUUGCAGUGAGCCCUCCAGCUCCCCGCUCGCCCAGGCUGGAGCUCAGACCGGCUGGUCUUAAAGGGGACGCAGCCUGAGUGGCGGUUCGCGGGGUGGCCCCCGCUCCGGCUCCUCCCCGUUUCCCGCACCUCGUCCCUCCCCACGCACCGUCCCGCAGCCCCGCAGCCCAGCGGCAGCGCGGCUGACUCGGGAUCCCUGGGUUCAAGCUUGUGCAGAGCUGGGUGGGGAGUUUGGACUUUGCAGUGAAAGCAGCAUCCCUGCCGGCUGGGACCUGGCGGAGGGCGUCCCCACUCCAGGGGGAGCAGAGGACUCGCCCUGACCUAGCCUGGCCUAGCCUAUUCCUGCCAGGCCUGAGCGCCCCGCCCAGAAGCCGGCUCUGAGGCCGGGGCCACCGGGGUCCCAGAGCGUGGCGCCAUGGACAAGAUCCUGGAGGCGGUGGUGACGUCCUCGUACCCCCUGAGCGUGAAGCAGGGGCUGGUGCGGCGCGUGCUGGAGGCCGCGCGGCAGCCGCUGGAGCGGGAGCAGUGCCUGGCGCUGCUGGCGCUGGGCGCGCGCCUCUACGUGAGCGGAGCUGACGAGCUGCCCCGCCGCGUGGGCUGCCAGCUGCUGCACGUGGCCGGCCGCCACCACCCCGACGUCUUCGCGGAGUUUUUCAGCGCGCGCCGCGUGCUUCGCCUGCUGCAGGGGGGCGCCGGCCCGCCGGGCGUCCGCGCGCUCGCCUGCGUGCAGCUCGGCCUGCAGCUGUUGCCCGAGGGGCCGGCAGCCGACGAGGUGUUCGCGCUGCUGCGGAGGGAGGUGCUGCGCACCGUGUGCGAGCGCCCGGGGCCCGCCGUCUGCGCUCAGGUGGCGCGGCUGCUGGCGCGACACCCGCGCUGCGUCCCCGACGGCCCGCACCGCCUGCUCUUCUGCCAGCAGCUGGUGCGCUGCCUCGGCCGCUUCCGCUGCCCGGCCGAGGGCGAGGAGGGCGCCGUGGAGUUCCUGGAGCAGGCCCAGCAGGUGAGCGGGCUCCUGGCGCAGUUGUGGCGCGCCCAGCCCGCCGCCAUCUUGCCUUGCCUGAAGGAGCUGUUCGCUGUCAUCUCCUGCACAGAGGAAGAGCCGCCAUCUAGUGCCCUGGCCAGCGUGGUUCAGCACCUACCGUUGGAGCUUAUGGACGGCGUCGUCCGGAACCUCAGCAAUGAUGACAGUGUGACAGACUCUCAGAUGCUGACUGCCAUCAGCAGGAUGAUCGACUGGGUGUCGUGGCCCCUGGGGAAGAACAUUGACAAGUGGAUCAUUGCACUGUUGAAGGGCCUGGCUGCUGUUAAGAAGUUCAGCAUCUUGAUAGAGGUUUCACUCGCCAAAAUUGAGAAGGUUUUCUCCAAGCUUCUGUACCCCAUUGUCCGGGGAGCUGCCUUGUCUGUCCUCAAGUACAUGCUCCUGACCUUCCAGCACUCCCAUGAGGCCUUCCACCUGCUCCUCCCUCACAUCCCGCCCAUGGUGGCCUCUCUGGUCAAGGAGGACUCCAACUCGGGGACCAGCUGCCUGGAGCAGCUAGCAGAGCUGGUCCACUGCAUGGUCUUCCGGUUCCCAGGCUUCCCAGAUCUGUACGAGCCUGUCAUGGAGGCCAUUAAGGACCUCCAUGUUCCCAGUGAGGACCGCAUCAAGCAGCUGCUGGGGCAGGAUGCCUGGACCUCGCAGAAGAGUGAGCUGGCUGGUUUCUAUCCCCGGCUCAUGGCCAAGUCAGACACGGGCAAGAUUGGUUUAAUCAAUCUGGGCAACACAUGCUACGUGAACAGCAUCCUUCAGGCCUUAUUCAUGGCUUCUGACUUCAGACACUGUGUGCUCAGAUUGACUGAGAACAACUCCCAGCCCCUGAUGACCAAGCUGCAGUGGCUCUUCGCCUUCCUGGAGCACAGCCAGCGGCCUGCCAUCUCUCCAGAGAACUUCCUCUCUGCAUCCUGGACACCCUGGUUCAGCCCUGGCACCCAGCAGGACUGCUCAGAGUAUCUGAAGUAUCUGCUGGAUCGGCUACACGAAGAGGAGAAAACAGGGACAAGGAUCUGCCAAAAGCUCAAGCAGUCCAGCUUGCCCUCCCCUCCCGAGGAGCCCCCCAGCCCAAGUCCCACCUCUGUGGAGAAGAUGUUCGGAGGCAAGAUCGUGACUCGGAUACGCUGUCUCCGCUGCCUCAAUGUCUCCUCCAGAGAGGAGGCCUUCACGGACCUCUCUCUUGCUUUCCCCCCCACUGAGCGCUUUCGCCGCCGCCGCCUGGGCUCAGUGAUGCUCCCCGCAGAGGACAUCGGGGGCCGGGACCCCCCACCACCCUCCCAAGCCCAGGUUCCAAGCAGGGUGGGUCCUCGGAGGCAGAGGAAACACUGUGUCACGGGGGACGCACCCCCCUCCGUCCUGGACAUUGAAGGCCUGGGCCCCCAGGGACCUGGGGGGCAGAGCAGUGGGGAGGAGAAGGUGGAGAGGGAGGAGGAAGCACAGGAGGAGGAAAGGCCCCGGGGGGAGGAGGAGGAGGAGGAACAGGAGAAAGAGAAAGAAGAGGAGGAGGAAGAAAAGGCAGAGAAGGAGAAGGAGGCCGAGAAGGAGAAGGAGGCCGAGACGGCGAAGAAGGAAGAGGACAGCCCGGGACCGGGGACCCACCGGGGUGGCGCCGCCCCCGCCGGGGAGGGCUCCCGCUCUGUGCUGGACCUGGUCAACUACUUCCUGUCCCCCGAGAGGCUGACGGCCGAGAACCGCUACCACUGCGAGCCCUGUGCCUCGCUGCAGGACGCCGAGAAGGCGGUGGAGCUGAGCCAGGGGCCGCGCUACCUCAUCCUCACCCUGCUGCGCUUCUCCUUCGACCUGCGCACCAUGCGCCGCCGCAAGAUCCUGGACGACGUCUCCGUCCCCUUGCUGCUCCGCCUGCCGCUGGCGGGGGGCCGGGGCCAGGCCUACGACCUGUGCAGCGUCGUCGUGCACUCGGGGGUGUCCUCGGAGAGCGGUCACUACUACUGCUACGCCCGCGAGGGUGCCGCCCGGCCGGCCCCGGGCGUGGGUGCUGCCGACAGGCCCGAGCCCGAGAACCAGUGGUACCUGUUCAACGACACCCGGGUGUCCUUCUCCUCCUUCGAGUCCGUCAGCAACGUCACCUCCUUCUUCCCCAAGGACACGGCCUACGUGCUCUUUUACCGGCAGCGGCCCGGGGAGGCGCCCGAGGCCGAGCCGGGCUCCCCCAGAGGCCGGACGGAGCCCACCCUCCACAAAGAUCUGAUGGAGGCCAUUUCCAAAGACAACAUCCUUUACCUGCAGGAGCAGGAGAAGGAGGCCCGCAGCAGGGCGGCCUACAUCUCUGCGCUCCCUGCAUCUCCGCACUGGGGCAGGGGCUUCGAUGAAGACAAGGAUGAGGACGAAGGCUCUCCGGGAGGCUGCAGUCCUGCAGGUGGCAGUGGCGGUGACUUCCACAGACUGGUCUUCUAGUGUGGACCCAGCCCCAGGCUGCUCCCAGCUGCGGGGGCCCCACAGCUCACUGCAAGGGAGGCCUUGACCCUUUCCUUCUGGGAACCGGGUGGGGACCGAGGCCAAGGCGCUCUGCCAGGUGGGGGCUGAGGGAAGCUGUGGAGGCUGUGGAGGCAGGUCCAGCCCCUAAGACAGGCCCUUCCAAGGGCAGGAAAGGGGGAGAGGAAGCUUCUGGGACAUGGGUCCUCAGCCUGAAGGGUGUGCAGAGACUCAGAUACAGAGGUGAGAGCCAAGCCCCUGACACUGGGAUCAGCCCCAUUCAGAUUUCUCACCCAAGUGUCCUGGUCAACCUGAAGCAGCUUAGAUGGACACUCUGGGCCUUGUCCCCCCGUCCCCCCCAGCAGGCUAUGUGAUGGGGCUGAUUCACAGCUCUAGUGCUUUGCCAUCAAGUAGCAUUUCCCUCCUCGCUCCUUUCAGACCAUCCUAUCGCUCUGUAGUACGAGCAGCAGAGCAGGGUCUGGGGCGUGUGUGUCCCCGCGGCCCCUUCUGGGCUCUGAGGGCUUUCAGAGGCACACGGUGUGGCUGCCUGCACCCCUGGUACUUGAGGGGAGUGUAGGUGGGAAGCAGCCUGGCGCGGGGGCAGAGACUGUCGGUGCAGAGGGGGCAGGACAGCCCCCUCCCCCCACAGCGGGAGACCCUUCAUCCCCAAACCCCAUCUCCCCAGCCUGCCUCAGUGCCUGAGAUGCCGCCAUUUGCAUCCCCUUUCUGGUUGAGCGAGAGAAUCCUUACUUUACCGCAACUGUGUGUGUGUUUCUCAUGAAGCCGUCGUCGGACCGGAGGAAAGCUGGCUGGCUCAGCUCCUCCUUUGUGGCAUUCAAGCCGUGGCCUGGGCACGGGGGGCGGUGGGGGGGUGGGUGAGGAGCAGCUAUGGACGUCAGUGUGCCCGGACACUGCUGUACCCUUCCACAUGGAGAGAGGAGACCCAAACGGGAAUAAAGUGGGUUCUCUGAAGCCUGUAAAGAUGUUGUUCUUUCUGCCUCCGUGGCUGUGGCGGCGGC